GCCAACACAGCAGCGAUAUUGUAUUGUGCGGCUCUCCCGCACACAGGCUCUUCGAGCACCUUGUCUGCGCUCGUAAGCUUGCGCGCCUGACCUCGGCCCGCGCCAGCGUCCCAUUGUUCCAAGUCGAGCAAAGGCCGCGUCAAUUGUGCGGCGAAUCAGAAGGAAAGCACCUGGACGCACAUGCUUCCGUCUCCGUCCUCGGUCGCUAUUCCUCCUAGCUCCCACGUCUGUUAAUCCUUUGUUCGAGUAUAAAAGAAACGAUGCUACGGUUCUGGCAGACCUUUCAUCUCUCCCCCUCGGUUGUACGGCUCUCGGUUCCUCCAUUCUGCCUUCCCUAGGUUUCUUCCUGCACUCGUUUACGAGUCUGUUCGCUCUUUAGCGCCUUGAUAUAAUUUCCCUCAGCAAGACCUGCUCCUUAACCUACGUCAAAUCGCUCCCGAUGUUGUUCACUGCUUCUGCCGCUAUCGUCGGCCUUGCCUGGGCCGCUUCCGGCGUUCAGGCUGCGACACACGACGUCACCGUCGGCGGCGCCGAUGGUACAUUGGCGUUCAACCCCGAAGCCAUCUUCGCAAAUCCCGGUGACCAGGUUAUCUUCCACUUUGAGCAAAAGAAUCAUACCGUCACGCAAUCGUCCUUCGCAAACCCUUGCGCGCUCAAGGACGGCGGAUUCGACUCGGGAUUCAUGCCCGUUCCUGCGAACCAGACCGACAACUUCCCGACCUACACGAUCACCGUGACUGACUCGAGUCCCAUCUGGGUUUUCUGUGAUCAGGCCGCAAACACAGCCAACUCUCACUGCGGCCAAGGCAUGGUCUUCGCCGUCAACUGUGGCGCCGACGGCUCCGCAAACAGCUUUACCAACUUCAAGAAUGCUGCCCUCGCUCAGGGAGCCGCUUUGAAGGCUGCCGCAUCUUCUGCAUCUGCCACCGGGGGAUAUGCCAGUGCUACCGAUGCUGCCACCGACACCUGGACAGCUGCCUACGGCUCCGCUACGAUCCCCCCUGUCUCCGCAGCCGAGACUGUCACGGCGACGGUGACUCUAGCGUCCUCGACGUGGACGACUACCUACGCAUCCUAUCCGGGAUCGGCCGAGCCCACUCCUGCGUCGCUCGAGGGCAACGUGCAUAAGAUCGUCGUGGGCAGCGCGAACGGCACCCUCGCGUUCGACCCGCCCUCGAUCCAAGCUGCUCCCCGCGACGUCGUCGUAUUCGAGUUCCACCAGAAGAAUCACACCGUCACCCAGUCAUCCUUUGCCGCGCCUUGCGUACAUCUCAACAACGCGACGUCCGGAGUUGUCGGCUUCGACUCUGGCUUCAUGCCCGUUGCACCGGAUGCCACCGAGUUCCCUACUUGGAACUACACCGUCGUUGACACCUCUCCUGUCUGGGCUUACUGCCGUCAAAAGACCCCUGUAUCCCACUGCGGCAUGGGCAUGGUGUUUGCCAUCAACGCCGUCGAGUCCUCGCAGCGCAACUUUGACGCCUUCCAGGCUCUCGCCAAGCAGCUCAACGGCACCAAUGCUACCACCUCGAGCGCCAGCGGCUCUGCAGCCUCCCCGAGCGCGACCACCACUACGUCUGGUGCCCUCGCUCAAUUUGGCGGCAAUGUGCUCGCCACGAUCCUCGGCGCCCUCGCCGUCGCUUCCUUCGCACUCCUUUAGCGUAGAGACCACCAAUGAUGGGGAACUAGUCCCUUCCCUUACACGACAUCGGACUUUUUCAUGAUUAUAGCUUAGGACUAUACGCCGUCUUGAUGACCUUAUACUUGUUCCAUGCGAUCGAGGUCGAUCACUUUCUUAUGGGGUUGAACAAUGUAGCCGUACUUUACUAAUACCAACCAUACUUCAUGACCGG